AUGGAAGGGCAGGACCCGGAAGGACCUGGACCUUCCAAGAGAGUAAGGAAAGGUCCCCUGCCCAUCCAGGCUUGGAGUGGCAUCGAAUUCUGGGAGAGAGCUGUGCCAGAUAUCUGGAAUGAGGAGCCCCUCAACUCAGAGAGUUGGGGUCCAUCUGUGAAGAUGGAAGCUAAGUUCUGUGAGACGGAAAGAGCCCCUUCAGAGGAAGGGCAGUGGGCCCAGUCCCAGGAGUGUGCCCAAGAUGCCCUCUCAUGCGGCAGCGAAGAGACAGUGUUGAUCCAUUCUCUUUGCGGAAGUGUGGAAACAGCUGCUGCGCUUCCAGACUUGUCUCCAGUUACCUUUGAGGAGGUCACUGUGUAUUUCACUAUGGCAGAGUGGGCCCUGCUGGAUCCAAGCCAAAGAGCUCUCUACAAGGAAGUCAUGCUGGAGAACUACGGGAGCGUGGCGUUUCUGGCAGGGAAUGAUCAGUGGAAUGAGCGUGAUCGGAACGUGCAUCAGCUAUUGCCAGAUAAAGUGAAGAAUGAAUAUUUGAAAGGAAACUCCGUGAGUCAAGGCAAACUAAAGAGGCAAAAAGAAAGUCACAUGGUCAAGAAGAGAGAUAAACGCAUUCCUGGCCAACAGCAGGAUGUCUGUAAACUAGUCCACGUGGUGGAGGCGGCGUGCAAGUGCUUACAAUACAGAUCACACCUCCUUGUGCACCAAAAAGUACAUGCAGGAGACAAACCUGAAUGCUCAGAGUGUGGAAAGAGAUUCAGUCACAGUGGCAGUCUUCAAAGGCAUCAAAGAACCCACACAGGGGAGAAACCCUUUGAAUGCUCAGAGUGUGGAAAGAGAUUCUCACUCAGUGGUUACCUUCGUAAGCACUUAAGAACGCACACAGGGGAGAAACCUUUUGAAUGUGCUGAGUGUGGAAAGAAAUUCAGUGACAGUGGCCAUCUUCAAAGGCAUUUAAGAACCCACACAGGGGAGAAACCUUUUGAAUGCUCAGAGUGUGGAAAGAGAUUUAGGCACAGUGGCAGUCUUCAAAGGCAUCUAAGAACCCACACAGGGGAGAAACCUUUUGAAUGCUCAGAGUGUGGAAAGAGAUUUAGUCACAGUAGCAGUCUUCAAAGGCAUCUAAGAACCCACACAGGGGAGAAACCUUUUGAAUGCUCAGAGUGUGGAAAGAGAUUCAGUGAGAGUGGCCGUCUUCGAAGUCAUCUAAGAACCCACACAAGGGAGAAACCGUUUGAAUGCCCAGAGUGUGGAAAGAGAUUUACUAGCAGUGACAGUCUUCAAAGGCAUCUAAGAACCCACCCAGGGAAGAAAUCGUUUGAAUGUUCAGAGUGUGGAAAGAGAUUGUCAUGCAGUGGUGGUCUUCGUAAGCACUUAAGAACCCACACAGGGGAGAAACCUUUUGAAUGCUCAGAGUGUGGAAAGAGAUUCAGUGAGAGUGGCAGUCUUCGAAGCCAUCUAAGAACCCACACAGGCGAGAAACCUUUUGAAUGCUCAGAGUGUGGAAAGAGAUUCAGUGAGAGUUGCAGUCUUCAAAGGCAUCUAAGAGCCCACACAGGGGAGAAACCGUUUGAAUGCCCAGAGUGUGGAAAGAGAUUAAGUGAGAGUUGCAAACUUCAAAGGCAUCUAAGAACCCACACAGGGGAGAAACCUUUUGAAUGCUCAGAGUGUGGAAAGAGAUUUAGUCACAGUGGCCAUCUUCAAAGGCAUCGAAGAACCCACACAGGGGAGAAACCUUUUGAAUGCUCAGAGUGUGGAAAGAGAUUCAGUCUAAGUGACACUCUUCAAAGGCAUCUAAGAACCCACACAGGGAAGAAACCUUUUGAAUGCUCAGAGUGUGGAAAGAGAUUAAGUCGCAGUGGCCAUCUUCAACAGCAUCAAAGAACCCACACAGGGGAGAAACCUUUUGAAUGCUCAGAGUGUGGAAAGAGAUUUACUAGCAGUGACAGUCUUCAAAGGCAUCUAAGAACCCACCCAGGGAAGAAAUCUUUUGAAUGUUCAGAGUGUGGAAAGAGAUUGUCAUGCAGUGGUGAUCUUCGUAAGCACUUAAGAACCCACACAGGGGAGAAACCUUUUGAAUGCUCAGAGUGUGGAAAGAGAUUCAGUCAGAGUUGCAAUCUUCGAAGUCAUCUAAGAACCCACACAGGCGAGAAACCUUUUGAAUGCUCAGAGUGUGGAAAGAGAUUCAGUGAGAGUUGCAGUCUUCAAAGGCAUCUAAGAACCCACACAGGGGAGAAACCUUUUGAAUGCUCAGAGUGUGGAAAGAGAUUCAGUUGCAGUGGCCAUCUUCAACAGCAUCAAAGAACCCACACAGGGGAGAAACCUUUUGAAUGCUCAGAGUGUGGAAAAAGAUUCAGUGAGAGUGGCAGUCUUCAAAAUCAUUUAAGAACCCACACAGGGGAGAAACCUUUUGUAUGCUCAGUGUGUGGAAAGAAAUUCAGUCACAGUGGCAGUCUUCGAAGUCAUCUAAGAACCCACACAGGUGAGAAACCUUUUGUAUGCUCAGUGUGUGGAAAGAAAUUCAGUCACAGUGGCAGUCUUCGAAGUCAUCUAAGAACCCACACAGGUGAGAAACCUUUUGAAUGCUCAGUGUGUGGAAAGAGAUUCAGUCACAGUGGCAGUCUUCGAAGUCAUCUAAGAACCCACACAGGAGAGAAACCUUUUGAAUGCUCAAUGCAAGACGUUGCACCAAGUGCCCAGAAGAUCAUCACCCCAACAAAUACAAGACUCAAUGCAUUCCCAAAGAACUUCUGUGCUAUCUGGCUGGGCAUCACUCCCCCUUUCCCAGAGUCUGACAUGUACUCCCAUCAAGGCCAGAUCACACUGCAGUGCAAUGAAGGGUCUGUUGCUAUGUUUUAUGGUGCCCUGUGCUACCUGAGCUUCCUGGCUGCCAUCUCCUUCACAGUGGCUUUCCUAUCUAGGAAGCUUCCUGGGGCCUUCAAUGAAGCCAAGCUGAUCACCUUCAGCAUGUUGGUGUUCUGCAGUGUGUGGGUGUCCUUUGUUCCUGCCUACCUGAGCAUGAAGGGGAAAUACAUGGUUGCUGUACAGGUCUUCUCCAUCUUGGCCUCCAGUGCCGGGCUGUUGGGUUGCAUCUUCCUCCCCAAGUGUUACAUCAUUAUUGUUGAAGGCUUUCACGCCAUGGGAGAUCAGCCUAGUGACGGCGCACUCCACUCGGCACCUGAAAGCCUGAACGUGGCUCCAGAUGGAGCGGGCAGCAAUCUGUCCACCUCUGCAGCAAGCAGCAAAUCAAGUGCACGGAACGACCUCAGUGCAUCGGGUGCCAACGCUCACAACUAA